AUGAACCCCGAUAUAGAGAGCGUGAAUGAGCGACUCGAAGAUCAGGCCCGACGACUUUCAGCUUUAAUCGGCGCAACAAAGCCCCGUGCCACUGACAGAUUUUUCUUGGUCCUGGGUAGAACAGGCUCGGGCAAGAGUACCUUCAUAUCCCGCUGCACUGGGAAAGACACCAACAUCAGCCAUGGUCUCUUCUCAUGCACCGACUCAAUAGAUGUGUUUGACAUGAAAUGGGAGGGGCGUCGCAUUUACCUGAUUGACACUCCUGGAUUCAAUGACACAAACAGGUCAGACAUUGACACAUUGAGUGUCUUGGCCACCUAUCUGGGCGCAUCUUACUCAAAUGGCGUGCGAAUCUCUGGCCUGCUGAUGCUGCAUCCCAUAUCCGACAAUCGGGUGUCCGGCACCAACCUCCGGAAUAUUGAGAUGAUAGAGGCUAUGUGCGGAUUUGACAAGUACGACCACUUGGCCAUUGCCACGACCAUGUGGCCGGAGCAUUCCACCAAACAGGAGAGGGCGACACUCAAUGGCCGCGAGGCGGAGCUCUCUGGAAGUGAUAAAUUCUAUGGUUCGAUGAUAUUCAAAGGUGCAGUUAUGUUCAGACACCAUGGUACAGGGAGAAAAGGCCACGAUAAUGAGGUAUCCUCAGCGAGGCGCAUCUUGGCUCAUCUCAUCAGCCGAUCAGACCGUCGUGUUCCAGGUGUCCUGCAACUGCAAAAGGAACUGAUUGACGAACAGAAGACAAUAGGUGAGACAUCAGCCGGGACCGUCAUUGCCGCCGAUGUGUAUAGACAUCACCAAGCCCGGGAGAGCGAAUUAAAACAGCUGGAGGAGAGGAUACGGGAACAUAUUUUUGGUGGUAGUUCAUCACGCCUUGCUGAGCUAUCUGACAUCAAAGCCAUGCUGCAACAAGAUAUGAAAAAAUUGGAAGAGAGUAAGGAAACGCUGAAACAAUCGAUGUCGGACCUUGGAGAAAAAGAAUUUCAAAAAGCCAAACAGAAAAUGGAUGAGAUUGAAGGCCAUCUCAUGGAGCAGGUAAAUGUCAAAGAGGAGGACCUAAAGGACAUGGAGGAUUCUCUUCACCACAUAAACAAUGACCGAUCUAUGGUAUUGGCCCUCCCCAAAGCCCGAGAAGCAGGCGACAGCUCUGGCUCGAAUGGACGGAACCAAGCGAGCAGGCAACGGACGCCAUCCCCAACGCCAUCGGCUACACCAUCUACCUUCGAGAGGCACCUCUUGAGCCAGAAUGAGGAACUUAUGAGAUUGGUCAGGAUAGCCAGGAGAGAUGCCAGCGAGAUGCGUAGGAUAUAUGCAGCGUUCAAAGGAAAGACAAGGGACCAAGCCUUAAACGGCACGGUAAAUGGGGUCGCUGCCGGGGCCAUGUCUGGCAUUAUCGCUGCUGUCGCUGCAGGAGGGCUUCUCUGCUCUGUCAUGUAG